AGUUAGAAGAGAGAGUGGCAAGACGUUGGUCUGGCCAUGGGAUAGGAAAAUGUCGUCACUCACAUCCAAAUUAUCAUCAUCAUCAUCAUCACCACCUUGUUAUCUUCUUUGUUUCCACAGAAAUAAUGGAAGAAGGACAAGUGUUCUUCCAUCUGCAGCCAAGAAAGAUUCCUCCACUGAAGUUCCUAGCAAGAAGAGCCAAGCCCUUUUCCAAUUGAAACUUCCUAAUAGCACCUGCAAGCUCGUAGCCCAGUCUGCUGCUGCAGUGUUUGCACUGGGAUUCAUCGAUGCCGGGUACAGUGGAGAUUGGUCAAGAAUUGGUGUGAUUUCAAGAGGGACAGAAGGCUUACUAAAAGUUGCAGCUUUUCUUGUGGUGCCUUUGUGUCUCUUUUUAAUCAUUUCAUUGUCUGGGAAAGAUGAGGGUUGAAAUUGUGGUCUGUGUACGCACACAGGAAUCUAAGCACCAUCUAGGGCUUGAUCGAUACAACACUCAAUUGUCGACUGUUUUUGUAUCCCAACUUAAAAACAGUUCAAAGUGGAUAAGAGUUCUCCA